AAGCUUACAAAGCUUAUAACACUGGGAAGAGAUGCAAUGCAGGCGUAUUUUGAUUCCAUUUUUCCCCCUGAGGAUUUACAAAAAUGCCUCAAGGAUAACAAGGAAUCCCUUUGUAAUGGGCCCUUCAGAUUCACAGCUACUGAAGUUAGGAAUGUUUAUCCUGCUUCCGGGUCAGUUGUAGAUGCCUCUUCCUUUGAUGUCCCAAUCAUGUACAAAUUAUUGAGAAAUUUUGGAAGCAACAUUCCACCGCCAACUAAUGGUUGGGGAAAAGAGCCGACGAUUGGACAGAAAACACAGGGUGACGACAUUGAAAGAAUCCGCAAGUACAGGAAUCAGCUUUGUCAUAAUCUUUUUAAAACACAAAGCAUGGAUGACGAAGAUUAUACCCUUUACUCUGAAGAACUGACCCAGGCAAUACUGAGACUCACAAAAGGAUCUUUUAAAAGUAGAAUUUACACCAUUUGCCAAUAGAUUACGUACAGACGUAAAGAAUCAACAAUACAGAAAGAAAAAGAAGAUAUUGAGAGACAAUGACCAGGUGUUACACGACUUGCC